AUGACUUUUCAUCAAUGGCGAGCCAGAACAAAAUUAGCCUUGAUGAUAGGCUGCAUCUUUGGACCAUUAUCCAACAUCUGUGUACCACAUAGCGUAUUGGUUCAUUGUAGCCCCAUGGAAUUUCUUAAACCUACUAAACCCGACGUAUUCCCUUCAGCUCUGACAGGCUUUUCACCGCAAACUCCCAGAAAAACAACAGGGACUGUGGGUGCCUUGGAAGGACAUCUGCUACGAGAGGCUCAACCUUCCGCGCUAUCUCCAAAACAGAAGGUAGGAAAUGCUCAAAACGGAGAAGAAUUGGUUCGAAUCAGUAGGCCUCCCACAUUGGAUCACGGGAAGGGAACCACGGUGCCUUUUCAAUCACUCCCCCAUCAAGCGGUUCCUAGUCAUGCUCUUCUUGAGGUGCUAAAAAAGUUAGAGGCAGAUCUAAAUGUCGAUGUCGUGAUAAUCUCUGGAAGAGAUAAGGCUUUUUUGGAAGAAACUUUUGGACAAUAUUCCAGUUUUCACCUCUCUGCGGAGUACGGAGCGCUUUGGCGAAAACCGGGCGAUGAAUGGGAUCAGGCUAAAGAUUUGGACGGGAAGCUUGGAUGGAAGCAGGAUGUCAAAGUUUUAAUGGACGCAUUGGUCGACAAGCACAAGAACCUCUUCCAAGGCAGAGUUUGGGUCGAAGAAAAAAAGACGACACUCGUACUUCACUACAGAGAACUACAAGAAAUUAAAUUGCCUUCAAAGGUUGAACUUGAAGGGCUUCAAAAAGUGAAGAAAUUUCUUGGAGAGCUGGAGAACAAUGAAAAAGUGAAAGGACAUGACUUGAAAGUAGAAAGUGACAAUGCAGCAAUCGAGGUUCGGAUGGCUCUUUUCAACAAAGGACAAAUAGCAAGAGAAGUUUUAGAGUCCAAAGAAAACGUCGGGAUGGUGCUUUGCGCCGGCGAUUCAAAAGCUGAUGAAGACAUGAUCAAAGUCCUACACCAGAUGCAAAAACGAAAUCCGAAUUCCAUACCUUCGCUUACCACGCUCCAUGUGGACAAUGGCAAGGCAGGUACUGAUAAAGCGUUUCAUAGUGAAGCUCAGUACGAAGUAAAAGAUGCGCAAGAAUUUACCACACUUCUUCGCGAAUUUUAUGGCUUGCCACGUCAAGACGUACAGAAAGGUUUCUCAGAAAUAAAACUCGCAGCAGAUGCCAGACAUGUCAAAAAACUAGCAGCUGCAAAAAGUAAAAAUGCGCAAGAAUAA